CUUAACUGGGUUACCCGCGCUGGUACUAAAGCUGCGCAGAAAACCCCUGAAGAUGCUUCUCGGCAACUUCUGCAACUUUUCUUCCGCCUCGCACUCACCAUCCGCGACUACGACAUCCCCGAUGCCUCCCUCGUUGUCAAUUUCGAUCAAACUCAAGUCAUCGUAGCUCAUAAUGACAAUCGUACAUAUGACCAACGCGGCGCCAAGCAAGUCGCAAUCACAAAUAAGGAGGAAAAGCGAGCCUGGACUGCUGUUGUCGGUGUCUCGGCAAGUGGUGAAGUUCUUCCUCUUCAGGUAAUUAUGAAGGGAUCUACUAGCCGGUCGCUUCCUUCGGCGAAUGCACCACGGAUGGCAGAAGCCCGUUCCCGCGGCUUCAUCUUCAGCCUGAACCGGGACUCAUACUGGUCAUCUGUCGCGCUCUCGGAGGAGUAUUUUGAGCUAAUCCUUGUACCAUACUUCAUUCGGCACAAGGCACGGCUGCACCUUGACGACGACCAGGCAUGUAUUGUUCUGCUUGACUGCUGGUCGGUGCAUCGGAGUGCAGAACUCCGCAGCAUUAUCUCACGUCGCUGGCCCUGGAUCCGGCUCCGUUAUGUGCCUGGUGGAAUGACACCACUC